CCUCAUGUGCAGCAAAAAGAGAGGUCACUCAUCCCACAGAGUGGGCGCCUUGUUGACCGUGAGGAGCGACCCUUGAGGAGGGAAACUGGGUACCUGGCGAUUGAAGUGAAAUCAGUCUACGGACUGUCCCUUGCCGACACUCCUUUUGGCCCAGGUUUUCUUCUAAGAUGGGGGGGUGGCACGGUCCAUGCCACUCAAUCGGUUGGGAGUUGAAACCCCUUCAAGCCCUGGGUCCAUCUUGACGGGAGGGUUUUAUGCACUCUCGUGGAGAGUAUAGCUCCGGGGUAGCCCUGGCACAGCUCUGGUCAUCUGAGCAAUGUGUCCUCUUGUAGGGCUCGAUAGCGGGUGGGGAGCCCCGGAGUUGAACAAAUAACAACACUCACGUGGAAUUUUCUUCAAAUAAAAAUCCUUCCCCAACUCCCAACGUUUCAAAAAAUCUCGGUUCGCAGAAGCGGAUGCGGCCACGGAGCCGAGCAAACAAACACCAAAAGGGAAAAGGACCUUUACGACUGCCUCUGCCCUCUCCCCUCUCAGGGAGCUUCCGCGGCAGCCGUACUUGACCAUCCGCAGCAUCGAUGUGCAUAAAAAGAUCACAGAUCUAAACAUAUUCAAGACAGGAGAUGCUCUAAAACAGGUUCUGGGAUACAUUCUUACAAAUGUCCAGAAACUGUCCUUUGGUGCUCUCCUCAAGUGCGCAUCGGAUAAAGAACUGGCCGGACUUGAGAAGAUCACGACCGUCUGUGGUGUUCCUUGUGUAUCAGAGUGACACCAGAAGUUCAACCAGUUGAAGGGCGUGGUCCACAGCCAUGAGCUGAAGGGCUGCUCAAACCAAGAAAUUGUGGAUAACUGUGAGGGUGUGGUUGAAGCCCACCGAAUAGUCCUCCGAUUUACUAUUCAGCGGGGGGAGUCCACACUGGAAACGAAUACAAUAAUUCUAACUUCCGAUUCGUGCCGCCCUCCAGCCACCGUUCGGGCAUUAUACUUGGUCUUGGACGUGCGACCCAAUGUGCCAAACCCUCUGCACUGCUUUCAGUGUCAGAAGUUCGGCCAUAGUCAGUCGCGAUGCCGACGUGCAGUCGUGUGUCCUUGCUGCCGCAAGACUGGGCAUCCUGAAAAGGAAUUCAAGGCUAGUCCUUGCUGCCCAAAUUGCCAAGGCCAGCACACUGCCUUCAGCGAGGAUUGCCCAACUUGGACACGCAAUCCAAGAGUAUAAAACGCGAAAUGGCUGCUCUUCUCAAGAAGCCCGCUUCAACUGUCAGCGCUUCGGACACUCACAGCUGUGCUGUCGUCAUGGUGCAGCGUGUCCUCGCUGCGGCAAGGAAGGACACUCAGGGGAGACCUGCUCUGCAGAUCCCUGGUGUCCAAACUGUCGACAGGGGGGUCACAUUGCAUCUUCGACGGAGUGUCCGAAGUGGUGUCAGGAGAAAGCCAUCCUCACACAUAGGGCCCAGUACAGCGGAACGUUCGCUCAAGCAAGAGCAACGCUAUACCCAAAAGGAUCGACGCCGAAGAAUACAACAAAAAUAUAUUCAGAAGUCCUGAAGACUGUCCCAGGGUCAGUAAACCCAACCCGAAAGGUCCUUCAGACAAAUAGAAAGCAGGACACCUGCAAAAAACAACACUCCAGUCUGGAGACGGAGGAGGACAUUAAGUCCACUUCCUCCGCUCCUAUCUCUCCCUCUCUCCAUCCACCAUCUCCCCACACCCCCUCUUCAUCACCACCCUCUCAGCCAUCUUCUUCAUCCUCUCCCCCUUCAUCGUCCUCACCCUCAUCAUUCUCAUCAUUACCCCCAUCAUCUUCACCCACAACAUCCUCCCAUUCAUCAUCCUCACACAAAUCACCACAUCCUACACCCUCAUUGCUUCAACCUCUAUCCCAUCAUCCUUCAUCGAACAAAGCCCCUCCACCCACUCCCCGCACCCGCUCCCCCUCCUCUACCCGCAUCCAGGACUCCGGUCCUCCUCCCCCUCCACACUCUCCCUCAAAAAAGGCUGCGGUCCACCGUGACCGCAGCAAAACAAAACAAAGACAAAGGUCACCAACGACCAAAAAAUAAUGUAUCGAACCCGUGCCUUCAAAAUAAAUUAAAAUGGCAGUUCUUCAGUGGAACAUUCGCGGUUUGCGUGCAAACCAGGCAGAACUCUCUUAUCUUUUGACCUCACACACCCCAAAUGUAAUCUGUCUACAAGAAACUAAAUUGCCAACACCCACAUUCACAUUAAAAAACUAUCAAACUUACAACCAAAUAUACACCGA